UCCUUCUUCUUUCGGGGAGAGCUGACAUCUCUGGCGGUUUGCCGCAUGGAAGUCGCCCAGGCAAGGCAGAAUAUCAUCUGUCUGAUCCAGACUCCUUCUCUCCAGUUGCCGAGCACCGCACGAGCAGACACAACAUCAAACUCACAUUUAGUGGGAUUCAGCGGGAUAUAACGGCAUUUAUCCGCUGACCGACUGGCAGGAGAGUCUUCAUUCCUGCAGUGAGGGGGAUUUUUUCUUACUCAGAUGUAAGAACAACAUAAAAGGCGUACAGGAUCGUCAAGUGCGCAAAGCCGCAGCUUGAAACAUUACGCACGGCUAAUUCUGUUCUAUUUGUAUAUAUUUUCAAUUCCCUCACUCCCCUGCGCGGAGGAACCGGGGACCUGAGGUGGGGGGACUUCCACGGUAUGGAGUCCUGAUUUAACCAAGCGACCCACCGGGAGAAGUGAAAUUGAGAAAAUCCGUCGCCGUGGUGGAAUAUUAAUAACCUAAUCCUAACAAUAAUCCAGGGGAUGUUGCAGCAGAGUUUGGGACUCUAGAGAGCAUUCCAACUUUUUGGUCCCCGUUUUAAAUCUCUUUCCCUCUCAUCUUCUUCGCCUGUGGGACUUCUAUUUUCCUGACUGAUUUGCAGUACUUCACUACUCUAUCAUGGACCGGUCGACGGCUUUGGAUAUUGAAGCGCUCAAGAUGACCCAGGAACAGUAUAUCCUUGCGGCGCAGCCCAACCCGCUCCACCAGCGGGGGGCGUCGGUGUGUGGCACUCAGGUUUACCCAGCAGUGGGGAUCUACGGCUGGAGGAAGAGAUGUUUGUACUUCUUCAUCCUCCUCCUCCUCGUCACCAUGAUCGUCAACCUGGCACUGACCAUCUGGAUCCUCAAAGUCAUGAACUUCACUCCGGAUGGUAUGGGGAAUCUGCGGGUGACCAAGGAAGGUGUCAGAUUGGAGGGAGUGUCUGAAUUCCUAUUGCCUUUGUACGUCAAAGAGAUCCAGUCUCGAAGGGACAGUCCAUUGAUCCUCCAGUCAGACAGAAAUGUGACUGUCAAUGCUAGGAAUGAUCAGGGACAACUGACUGGUCAGCUAACCGUGGGUUCAGAGAUGGUAGAGGCUCAGUGUCAGAGGUUUGAGGUGAGGAGUACAGAUGGUGAGAAAGUUCUGUUCUCUGCAGAUGAAGAGGAGAUCAGCAUUGGCACUGAGAAACUUAGAGUCACAGGGAAUGAAGGAGUGGUGUUCAGCCAUUCUGUAGAGACAUCACAUGUGAGGGCAGAACCAUUCCAGGACUUAAAGCUGGAGUCCCCGACUCGUACCCUGACCCUGGAGGCCCCGAGAGGGGUGGAGGUCAAUGCUGGAGUGGGAGACUUCACAGCAUCCUGUAGGAAAGACCUCCUGUUGCAGUCCUCGGAAGGAGAGAUUUUUCUAGACGCCAACACCAUCAGGCUGGGCAGCAUUCCCCUCGGCAGUGCUGUGGACCCCCUGGAGGGGGCACCUGCAGGUACUACCUACACCAAACAGACUGUGUACGAGCUUUGUGCCUGCGCUAAUGGCAAGCUCUACCUGUCCCCGGCUGAGAAAGGCUCUACUUGCCAAACCACCAGUAACUUUUGUCUCUGGAGCUGAAAGUGGGAGGUUGACAGACAGUCAGGACAUAUGGACUAUUAGAGUUUGAAGCUAAUGCUAGCCAACGGACUGUAUCAUCGUGGAUGAUGGCUUGAUUAGAAGCUAAUAACAGCUAACAGACUGAAUCAACAUGGAUUGUAGCAUGGCGAGAAGUCCAUGUCCAAUAACCGAUCGAAAUAUAUGGAUUACAGCUUGGCAGGAAGCUAAUGCUUGCUAACAGACCAAAUCAACAUGGACUGUGGCUCGGUGUGAAGCUAAUGCCAGCUAAAGGACUGAAUCAACAUGAACUAGAGCUUGGUGAGAAGCUAUUGCCAGCUCACCGACCAAAUUAAUAUGGAUUGGUCAGUAGCUAAUGCUAGUCAAGAGGAUGGAUGACUUGGCAGGAAGCAAAAGCCAACAAGGUUAGCUGGUGGGUAUGCCAUGACCGCUCAUGGCCAUGAAUGGACAGUCUAACUCUGGGGCUCUCGUUAGCUGUUUGCACACAUUGACUGUAUAAAAAGAUGGACGACAUGAUAGCUCCCCAAAAGUAAAGCCAAAUCCUCUUCAUCACCCCCUGGUGGCUGGCUGCAGUAUAAGUCAAAACCCCGCCCAAAGAUGGUUUCUGUCAUUUUAGGUAGUUCUUGUCAUGCUGAUGUAUGUUCAAGUGUUAAUUUUUCUGAUAAUUCUGGUUUUAAUUAGUUAUUUUGUGCUAUAAAAAGGGGAUUUCACAUGAUGAUUGACAGCUGACCAUGCUCGUGAUUGAGUUAGCCGGGUGUAUGGGCGGGACCUCAAUACCGCAGCUCCUACCCCAAUCACUACUGCGCAGACUUUGCUUUCAAAUGACGUCACUAGCGCAAGAUGGCAGCGGCUGUAUCUGCGAUAUUUUGGCCUAAUUUUUGUACAGUGGGAGGAAGUGGAGACCCGUUGUCCAUCUUUAUAUAUAGUCUUUGGUUUGCCAUUCUUGAAUUGCUGCCACGACAGUCUCUGAAAAUCACAAGGAUUAUGUUUGGGGGUCUACUGAGAACAGCAAACUCUCUUACAAUGAAAGUGAUUUGUGUGUUCACUGUAUGACCAAAAUGUCCUGGAAAACAUGCUCCUGCCUUUGUUAGGUAAACAGAUAUUCUAAUGGACUGCAAACUUGCCAGCAGGGAUAUGGACAAAGAAAACACACUUGGCUAACAGACAUCAGUGUUGGAACUUGGUUUAGCCCUGCGGGUAGCUAACAAGUAAAUCAGACAAUGGUUUAGUCUAACGGGAAGCUAAGGCUAGCUAACGGACCAAUCUAUACCAGAAAGGCCUUCCCCCUACUCCCCUCAUAGUCUUUCAACCCAAACAUUGACCUGUGACCCUUCCGCAUUAAUCUACACGUGAUAGUGAAUAUGCUCUCUGACCCCACUUUUCAUAGGAUAACUAAUGCAAAUAAAUGUGCUUCAACUUUGCAUUAAACAACUUUUUUCCCCCAGCUUUUUUUUUACUUUUAUUUUCUUUUAGUUAUCUUUUCAUCAGAUCAGAUUGUAUACUGUUAAACUCUUGGUGUCCUAUUAUUUUCCCCUUUAACUUCUCUGUAAUCCUUAAUCUUUCCAUAUUUUGCUGCUGCUCUUAUAUUUUCUCUAUGCUUUAGUUAUGUUGGUCUGUCUGUGCAUUUACUUGCAUUGGACUGGUGAAGAAAACAUUAUUCUGUAUAUCAACUUUCUUCCACCGGCCUGGUUAAAGAAACAGAAAACAUCGUUCUGUCUGCUUUCUUAGAAUGGAAUAUUUUUUUUACUAACCAUCGCAGAUGUACCCGAUGCAGGGUUUCUCCUCCUCACAUUCUGUUCACACAACUUUUGGUUUCCACCCGGAAGUCAUUCAGUCAUAUGAUGAAAAAGAAGAGUAAAGUGAGUUAAGUCUCAAAUUAAGGCUCCUGGGUGGCAUAGCAGAUCAACCAUUUUACAGUGUGGGGCCAAACCUCUAGUCAGGAGUAUAUCUUCAUCCUUUUUUCCUGUCAGUCUUUUUUUCGCUCAUGUUGCAUGACCGUUCUGCUGUUGUUGCCAAGCCUCUUCUCAGUCAUGUCAGAAUGCUGUGUCAUUAGCUGUGUUUCCAUCAACGCUUUUUUAUGCACAUUUUGAAAUAUCACAUUAGAAAAAGUUGAUGGAAACGGCAAAGUUUGAAAGAAAUGCUUAAUUUCGCACAAAAAGUUUUUACGCUCACUUGAGGUGGUUUUUACCUUGGUCAAAAAAGAGUUAAUGCCCUAAAUGGGAGAUGGAAACACUUUUGGCGAAUAAGUUCUGACGUAGCAAACUUGGAACUCACGUCUGAAUAGCUUUUUCUGCUGUCUGCGUCUUGCUGAACAUUCCCAUAACUUGCAGAGACAGCGCUGGUAGCAGUGUGCCCGCUUGAAACACAUUCCUGAGGCCCUCUCUCCAUUUUUCUUAGAUCUAUGGCCAUAAGUUCCAUGCGGCUAGUUUCGUUUCUGGUUUGGAACACAUACAUCUUGUUUAUUACAGCCAUGUGUAACAUCAACUACUGAUGUAACUAUUGCCGUAGCCCGGGGCGAGUUCAAUCUCAAAACGUUUUGCACCGGUUUGCAAUGUUUUCGGAUUGAACGACAUGUUUCCUUGAAACGUUCCGCUACAGGCUUCAAGGUAUGUUUUCUCCUGUUUUGUGGGCGUGUCACAGGUGUUACCCAAUCAGCUGCGAUAAGUUUGUAAACACAAUGGUGUUAAAAAGGCAGGAAAAUGCAGUGCGCUUGAGUAUACA